AUGGAAGGUUCGCAUAACUUCUUUGUUCGAUUGCUGACCAAGGAUGGUUGGUUGGAUGGCUCGAACAUAGACAUGGCCUUGCUUUUGCUACGGGAGCGCCACGAGAGCUCUGGCAACUGGAAAUGUGCUGCCUUGGAUUACAAGCAAAUAAAGGCGUAUGUGGGAAAGGAGGACAGGCAGCACAGCAAGGGUGUACUGGGAAUGGUCAAGGGCGAAGGGCCUAAGUUGGCUAAAUCAUGGUCGUCUGUGAAUUGCGUUUAUCUGUGCAGAACUCAAGCCAUCGAAUGGGCUGCGCAGCUGGUGACGAAAAUGCUGCCCCGGUUGUUAAAGGAAUCUAGAUAUAUUGGCGACGGUCUACUUCUGAAAAGUGAGUGGCCAGUUAUUCGCGUCAUGGAUGCACCCCAACAAGUAGGCGGGGGCAACUGUGGGAUGUACAUCCUCAAAUACUACGAGUUUCUGACCUCGAAUAUAGACUUGGCCAAGAUUUCCCAUGACGUCAUGCCCUUCUAUUUGUUGAAGCUCGUUGUACAGUUGUUGUAG